AAACAAGGAUACACAUUUGCACAUACACUGUAUAUUUAAAGAUAUUUAUAAGAUAUAGUGCAUUUGUAAUAAACAUUCUAUUGUUCUUCAUAGGAAAAACCUAAACAGAAAAAAUGAACAUCUCAAUAAUUUACAUCAGUGUGAUGUUUAUCUUUGUUAUUUAUAACAAUUGUUCAGGACAUAGAUCAUAUGCAGAAAACUAUCGCCGAAGACACGGAAGACUACCAAGACAUAGACCACGAUCUAGAACUUUUGGAAGAAGAUUAGGAAAGAAAGCAAUACAAAAAAGUCUAGCUCCGAAAGAAUUAGAAAGAACUUUAAGCAAUACUGAUCAGGUAGCACUUUCUAAUAUUGACAGAAAUAUCAAUAUGAAUAUAAAAGGAGGCGGAGGUGGUGGCGGGGGAGGAAUCGAUCCAGGUGGAAAUGGUGGAAAUCUUACUACUAACUUGUUUAUUAAUAAAAUCAAGACAAUUCAUACCAGUGACGGAACAAUAGUAAAAAUAAAGCCUGGUGAUGGACGAACAUUAGAGGCACUUAAAUUGAUCAUUGAUGGGGGAGGUGGCGGGGGAGGAGGGGGGAUAGGAAAAGGCGGUGAUGGAGGAAGUUUAUUUACAACCUUGACAAUCAACAAAUUAAAGACUGUUUUCAGAAAUGAAGCAAAUGCAACUAUUGUUGAAGUUCAAAACCCUCUACGUGGACUCAGUUUGAAUAUUAAUGGCGGUGGUGGAGGUGGAGGUGGGGGACCAGGUCAAGGUGGAGAUGGCGGUGAUUUGGUUACAAACAUUGUCAUAGGAAAAGUUAAGACAGUCACAAAAAAUGGUGCUAGAAGAAGAAAAAAUAAAAAGGAUCGGAAAUUAAAAAGGAUGUUGAAGAGAAAAAGGAAUAACAAAAACAAGAUUAAGCCAUUACCUAAUUACUAGUAGUGAUGUGACGGAAAAUGACAAAAUAAUGUUAUCAAGAGGAUUCAUCUUUUCCUAAAAAUAUCAACAAAGGCUUAAAAAUUUUGAUGCUAAAUUUCAAGCUAAAUAAAAUAUGUACGAAUCAAAAUUACACAAAAAAUAAACCGAAAUUUAACGACAAAAAUACUUCAUCAUUAAUGAAUUCAGAACUUGUACUUAUAUGAUCUGUUCUAUUCUGAAAACGUAUUAUUUAUAUGCCAGCGUUUCUUACUUUAAACUAAUUUGUCUCAAAUUAAGACAACACUUAGCCAUACAAUUUGUUACUCAACUAUUGCAGCAGAAAGUUUCGUUAAAAGAACAUAUUUCUAAUCUAUUUUCAUGUUUGCUUAUGUUCUUACAUUAAUUUACAAGUGUGAAACGUUUUAUUUGAUUUGUAUGAUAUAAAGCGACUGUAACCCCAAUUCUUGUUUAAAUACCAUUUGUCUCUGUCAUGGUAUAGUGAUUCUUUGUCGGUUUGUUCUGUGCUGUAUAUCUUUGCUGUUAUUAUUUCAUAAAGUUAGGUUAAACCGCUUUCAUAUAUACAUGUAUAUCAUGUUCGUACACAGAUGAAAUAGUUUAUAAAAUUUAUUCUAUUUGGUUACAUAUUUGUUUCAUAAUGAAACGCCUCAUUGGAAACGACUUAAACUAAUAAAAUAUCUGUAAAAUC